AGCAUUGGCUGCCGGGGAGGAGAGGAAGACAGUCUGACAAGUCGUCGCCUACAGUUCCCACAAGACGUUGCGCUUACGGAACGCGCUUGCAGCCGCAGGGGGCAUCGGGAUUGAUGGGGAUGUUUCCAUCAUGGCGGCAUCCAUUUCAGGUUAUACUUUUAGUUCUGUGUGUUAUCACAGCGCCAACAGCAACUCAGAUCAUGAGGGCUUCCUAUUAGGAGAUGUAAGGCAAGAAGAGACUGUGAGCAUCAGUGACACACAGAUCAGCACUGCAGAAUUGCUCCAGGUAGUAGAAAUCCAUAACCACGAUCCUUGUGCACAGUUGUUUAGCUUUUAUGACUACGCUGGUAAAGUCAGUGAAGAAAAUCUCAACAGCAUUCUUAAAGAUAGACGGAAAAAUGUCAUUGGUUGGUACCGGUUCCGGAGAAACUCGCAGCAGCAGAUGUCGUUCAGGGAACAGAUCAUCCACAGACAGCUGACUCAGUUGCUCGGUGUGCCCGACCUCGUCUUCCUUCUUUUUAGCUUCAUCUCUACCGCCAACAGCUCCACCCACGCGCUGGAAUAUGUGCUCUUCAGACCUAACCGCAGUAGGUACAACCAGAGGAUUACGCUCUCAAUCCCAAACCUUGGCAACACAAGUCAGCAGGAAUACAAAGUCUCCUCAGUGCCCAACACCUCACUCAACUAUGCCAAGGUCAUCAAAGAGCAUGGGGCUGAGUUCUUCGACAAAGAUGGUGUUAUGAAGGAUAUCCGAACAAUAUUCCAAGUCUACAGUGCACUACAAGAUAAACUACAGGCCGUGUGUGGAGAGGUAGAACAAAGCGAACGUGUUAAAGAGAAAAUUCAAGAAGAUGUGAACAAACUCAAACAACAGAUUGCCCUCAGGAAACGCAAGACAGCAGAAGAGGAGAGAAGGCUCCGUGAAGCCCAAAAUGCAGACUCCCAUUCCACUCCGGAGGAGAACACAGAACCCUCUGAGGCUUCCCUUCUGUCCAGGAUAACUUUCCACACACCGUCUGCCCCGGAGCGGCCCAGUACCUCACCCAACCCACCGUCUUACACUGACCUCUUGUCCCAAGAUGACUCUCUGCUCUCCUCAUCUUCCCCACCUACCAGCGCUGCUCUGUUGCCCCGGCCCCAAGCCGUGGGCUCUCCGGGACACCCUACCCCCGGCCCGCUGGGAAUGGGCGUGGGCCUCGGGCUGGGCCUGGGCCUCAGCGCCAGUCCAAAUCCUGUUACCACUCCAAGCACUCCGUACCUUGGCAAUGGUGAUGGAUCGAGCUCUGACUCGUUAGACAGACAAGCUGCAGGUCAGGAAGACGAUGACGAGGACGAGGAGGAGGAUGAAGAUGAGGACAGUAGUGAAUAUGAGAACUUAGUGAGCGAAAGUGCUCAUCCGCCAAUAGUCCCUAGUGUUUUAGCUCAAGGCCGACCAGCCGCCCUCAGCCCUGACGGGGACGCUCGUGGUUCACAGACCACAUAGAAACAUGCCACAGGAUGCGUAAAAAGACACAAAUAGGUGACACACCUUGAGAGGUGAGCAACUGAAGCAAUCAAAGAUAGGCAAAUAUAGACAAAAGAAGUGCCAGUCCUGAAAGUGAAAGGCAUGCGCAAGUGGUGUCCCGCUGUUUGUAUUUUUUCUCGUCUUAGUCUGAUCUCCAUUUUAAGGGGAAACCUCGUUGGGUUUAAAAGUCUCAACGGGUGCUUCUUACUGGGGGAAACGUUUCUCUUGUCAUGUUUUCUUUGGAACGGGCCCUGUCUUGGUAUUUAAGCGUGGAUCUGACUGGUUUCGGGGUCAAACGUAGCUAUUACAACGUAAUUCAUGCCAACUGGUUGGCAAACUAGCUCCCUAAAACACAGCUCCAUGCUUUCUUUAUGUUCUGUGUCCGUAUCUUUUUGUUUCGCAUCUGGAUCAACAACUUUAAGCACCCGGUCUUGCAUUACCUCUUGCACUAUUUUUUUUUUUCUGCGUCCUUUUAAAUAAACCGUAAGAAAUCAUAGGGAAAGUAUUUGUCGGCCUUCAACAGUUUUAAAGGAAGUAGGCAAAUGGAUAUUAAGUUUUAAUUUUUUGAUUUGAAGAAAGAUAUAUAAUUGUGUGACGAGGAGUUUUUUUUACAUGCACAUUUCUCUGAUUUGAUUUAGGACAUUUUCUUUUGCAAUCUUUUAUUAAUCAUAUAGUGGCUGUUUAAAUUGCAAAGAAUCAACUUCAAACUAAAUUAACUCUGCCACUUCUAUUAUGGGUGCUUUAUAUAUACCUACACAUAUAUAUAUAUUUUUUUUUGUCAGAUUUCCUUUUAAUCUAAUUUGACAGUAAUGUCAAUGUCUUGUUCUUCUUGAAUAACACUGUAUGCGCUUUGCUGCACUUAACAAAAUUUAAGAUUUCUUUAUUAUUGUGAUGUACCAAUGCUGUUGUGCCACUCUUUGACCACCCUGAGCCAAACCCGGCUCAGCUUUCGUGCAUUGUACGGGGUUCACAGGGCAAACAGUGUACUGUAGCUUUACUAACCAGAUGCUUAUGGUUCCCUUCUGCUGCUGCUGCAACACAGAGAGCUACCACUAAAACAACUGCAUCUGUCCGUUCUUCUUCAUGUAGAAACCUGGCUGCUACUUCCACCUUCCAGUGCUGGUUGUCUCAAUACUACUGACCAUGUUCAUAUAACCACUUCAAGCUCACUUCUCACUGAUUUGUUCUUUAUUCUAGUCAUAAUGGAAGGCUGAUGCCUCCUGUAGUGUGUGAAUUGUAACCUUGGGAACAGAGACCUAGCGAUCACCUUCCUGUCUUUGCAUAGUUGACUGCAGACCUUGUGUAUUCUGACCUGCUCGGGUCAGUGUUACGUGUACGGACCUGGAUAAUGUGAUGAAAACAUCAUGACCUUGCUUCAGUAUACAGUGCCUUCCACUCAGGGCAGUUUGAAUCUGCAUGCAUAACACAUUCACAUAUCUCUUUUGAGGGGUAAAAGUGUAACUUACUGUUGUGUUUGUAAUAAUCACCUUCCAACUUCUUUUAUUUUUAAGUCCAUCGGUAAUAUGCCUCCCUUUUCCGUAAUGUUUGUCUACCUGAAACAACGUUUACUGCUCCCUAGAGCUGUUUUCCCCUUUUUAGUUUCACAAACAUGAUGGCUCUGAAGUGGACCUGUGUCUCGUGGUUGCGAUGUGACUUUGCCUGCUUUAUUGUUUGAAACUGGAAUUAUAACUGUAAAGUCCCAGAGAACCUGUGAAGUGACUGGAGAGCCUGCAGGGCGACAUUGCCGACAUGCUGGUGACUGCUUCUGCACAUCUGGCCCACUUGAAGACCGAGAAGGAUGGAAGACGCCCUCCUUGCAUGAACUGGUUCAUUCUAGACACCGUUACAUUCAUGGACGUUUGCACUGCACACGGAGGAUGUCUAACGUAGUGAGGAUGCUGCACUCAGUUCGGAAAGGAGACUUUUUUUUUGGUGGAAGAUGCUUAGCCUUGUGAACAAGCUCUGCUUUAUUUACACAACAUGUUUGUAUGUCAUGUUUUGUUUUCGACAUGGGGUCAUUUAAUUUGCCCUGAUGUGUAACGCCAAUGCAUCACUGAUCGGGAUCUGGCACUCAGAAUGUUACUUUAUAAUCAACCAGAAUAACACAAUCACACAAUGUUAAAAAAAAAAAGAAAAAAAAAGUGACAAAAUCUGUUUGUUAGGAGUGUGAUUUCCUUUGGGUACUGGAAUAUUUUAAGGAAAUAAACAAUGAAUGUAUAGUAGACAAGGGGGGUCAGGGUAGCAUUUAAACAGCACUUACUGUAUAAGCUUGUCUCAGUUGAGUGUUGUGGUGGUAUAGAGCAGCAGUUUACAGUGUUGGUCCUCACUCUUCUCUCCUAAGGCCCUAGAUGGUUGCUCUUUAAGUCUUUCUUUCUGGCAUAACCUUGACUUGAUGGCCUGAAUGAAAACCAACGGGACUUUGGCGCAGAAGACCACUGGCAUUAAGCCAGAGAGGACUAAGAUUGUUAGACCCUAUAUCUUUCAAGUUCCAACAUGAUACAAAUAUACACUCAUGUACUCUAACUGUAUGGGGUCUCCCUUCACUUUCUCCCCCUAGCGUGGGCCGUCGCAACAACAACACCUCCCAAAGCACAAAGUCCAGUGCACCGCUUAGGUCGUCUGGGCUUUCAUCUGGAUUUGUGUACUUGACGAAAGUUGACCAAGGACUUGCUUGGAUGAGCACAGAGAAUAUGGUUCUUAAACUGGGGGAUAAUAAAGGAGACAUGCAUAUGUGA